UACAAAGCUCAGGCAACUACACUGAGUAGAAGGCAGUGUAAGCCAUCGUCCGAAUGUCGUCCAAUUGUUACGUGCCACCUCGUUCGAAGGGCAGGGGAUCAUCAAAGCCAGCGCAGAGGAAUCGUGGUAGCAGUGGUUGCAAUGUUGGUGCGAUUCACAAGGGUUCAAGUGCGCAAAUGGUAAGCUCGCAAGAGGCCUUGGACAGAAGAAGGCAACGGUUCGAUUCUACUGGCAAGCCGGAUACGGGCUAUGGACUUAUUAGUCGAGGUGAGGAUAAUAGGCUUCAGAGAGACGCGGAUGCUAGGAGACGAUACUUUGAUGAGAUACAGAGGGAAUUUGCACAGUUGUUUGGUGACUUAGACUAUGCUUCAUUGGUAGAUUCUGUGAGAGGUCUGUCGAUGGAAGAGAUUGUUGUCGGUGAAUGUGGGAGCGAUGCCUCCGACAAGCUAUCACAUGUGAUGAUAUCCUUGAGGAAACUACGGGAAGCAUUGUUGAAUAUCAAGCCUGAUGACUUCACCAAGAGCGUUUUUUUGUUCUCCAUUCGAAUCUCCUCGAGACUCGGACUCUAUCAGACCUACAUCCCAUCCAUAACGUAUCUCUUGAGACACGACGAGAUCCUCAGCAGAAGUGAGCUCAAGGAGAUUACAUAUCUCUAUUCUAUUCAUCUAGCUCACUUCAACGGUGAUAAUCUGGGUGCAUUGGAGGUGUAUUUCAAGUACAGUCCACAGGAUAUCCGUUUGAAGAGAAUCUUGUUGGCAUGGAGGACAAAGAACUAUGCCGACUGGCUCGAGCAGUACCAUGGGGAAUGUGACAUAUCACGUAAGAAGAUCAUGGCAUUUGGAGAAUCUAAAAUGAUAACCCACGCUACGAAUUGUAUUCAGAAAUCGUAUUUCCAACUACCAAACCGUUACUUGGAAUCACUUCUCCACUUGACACUGGACCAAUUGAGGGAUAAACAUGGAUGUUCGUGGACUUUAAACGGCGAAAACGUCAUCAUAAGAGUAAGGAAAUGAUACUGACGGGAUCUAUAACGUAUAUAGGUGUCACCAUGGGUCUGUUUAUUCAUCAUUAAUACCAAUACCAAUGGCUUAGU